CUGCGCUUUGGCAUGUCCUGCUGGGCAGCCGGCGUCCUGGUGGCGCUCUGCUUGCUGCGGCCGGCCGCAGGUCAGGCUAAGCUCCCUGCCCCUCAGAACGUUACGCUGCUCUCAAAGGACUUUGACAUGAUCCUGACCUGGGCUCCAGGAGAAGGCUCCCCAGCAGGUGUGACCUACACUGUGAGGUAUCAGAGCAUGCAGCAGCAGAAAAAGUGGCUGAAGGUUCCUCACUGCAAAAACAUCCACAGAACCUCCUGCAACCUGACCUGUGAGCUCCCAAACUACUUUGUUAAAGUCCGAGGAAGAGUGAAAGCUGCUUGGGGACGCUGCCAGUCGCCAUGGGUGGAGUCCCAGUUCAAAGGCUACCAUCUGGACGUGGAAUUGGCUCCCCCAGAGCUGAAGCUGAGCAUGGAGAAGAACUCGAUCCAGGUGAAUGCCUCCUUCCCUUUGCCCCCCUGUGUGCAGAACCUGCUCUGGAUGUAUGACUUGAACCUGUGGGAAGCUGGGUCUGAGGACAAGAGGACAUAUGAACAGAACUCCAGGAAGGCAGCAGUGACCAUCAACACCACUGCACUGCGAGGCAACUACUGCCUGAGUGCCAGAGCCUCCUACCAGAGCAUUCACUUCAAGUACAGCAAAUUCUCCCAACCACUCUGUGUGCUGCUAAACCACAAAGCAGUGGAAUGGGAGCUCCCAUUUGCUGCCAGCAUCCCUGUGCUGGUGCUGCUCAGCUUUCUGAGCAGCCUCUUCGUUGUCUGCCUGCUGAAACAAGAUGCUAAGCAGAAGAAGAUGCCUCAGACUUUGGAUUUAUCUCCUCUGACAGCUGCUGGAGCAGACUUCCACUGUGAGCUCAGUGCAAAGGAGUUCUCCAGGGACCAUCUCAUCUGCACGGAGAUUGCAGUGUCCCAAAGGAAGGCAAACAAAGCUUCAGCAAGGCACAGCUUGCCACAGGUGGCUUCUUUCCUAUCAUCAUCAGAGGAGGAGGAGGAGGAGGAGGAAGGCAGCAGUACUUUCAUCCCAUACACUGGACUGCUUCGUUUUCCAAAGAGACAUCUCACCUGCCACCCACCCAGAGCAGAUCAGGGGAAAACCAGCCUGGACUCUGGUACUGGAGACCUCUCAGUGGGGAGUCAGUCUGAGCUUGACCUGAGUGCCUUGGGGUUUACUUUCUUUCCCGUGGGAAAGAGUGAGGUGGACACUUCGGGAUCCCAGGCCAGUGAGAAGUCUUCCCUUUCUCACAGCUCCUCUCUGGGAAGGAUCUCUCUCACUGACGUCAGAUUCCCAGCACAGGGUGACAUGGACAGGGAGGGAUGCCUGGAUGUGACCCCCCUUCAGACGCUGACUGAGGGCAGCGGUGCCACCCUCGGGGCCCAGGGGCAGGCUCUGCACUGCAGGUGUUACCAGAGGGCAGCUGAGCUGCACACCCGGUGGGGAGGCACAGCGCAGCGCCGGGAGCAGCCCAGCGGCCAGCUCCUCGCUCCCUCCCCGCCGCUGCAGCUGGCAGAAGAUGAAGGCAUCGCCAGUGACUGGGACUGGGACAGCGACACCGAGGCAGCAGGGACGCCUCCCGCCGCCGGGGUGCUGUGUGAGGCAUUCCAAACCUCUCAUGGGGAGGGAAUGCAUCAGCCAAAGUUUGAGUUCAAAGGCUACGAGCAUGCACAUUACAUGUCAAGGAGCUAGAGGGUCCUGCCUGGGUGGUGUGCCUGGGAAGUGCUGGAGACAUCCAGCUACAUGGCAGGGACACCUGAACAAGGAACCUGAGCAAGGAGCCUGAACAAGGACACCUGAGCCAAGACACUGAGCAAGGAGCCCUGAGCAAGGCCCAAGAAGCUUUAGUGCUGGUUUCUGCACUCACCUCAGCAGGGUUUUCUCCCCUGCUGACCUACCAAGGCACAGGGACACAAACGCUGUGGUUGUGCUGCAACUGCUGCUCUACCCUCACCACCCCUCUGCUGGUGCUGUGCUAAGCUGCUAAAGCAGCCAUGAACCCAGCUGGAGUGAGACCUCUUGCAGAGGCCACACAGCAACCCCUCAGUGCCUUGUGCUCAGAGCAAGGUGGCUCUGAGGUGUGAGUUCUGGAAGGCAAAAGCAGCUCUGAGACAACAAAACCCCAGCCUGGAGCUGGGCAAAAGCAGCAGCUGGGCUCUGGGAGCUGAGUGCUGUGCCCAUGUGGUGAGCCUGGGGCAGGCUGCCCCUGCUGGCAUCCCACUGGGGCCUCUGGAGCUGCAGCCCUGCUUGGCUGGAAGAAGCUCACAGAGACAUUGCCAACCUUUGCCCUUGGUGGCAUGAGGAGGUCUCCAGCUCAGCCUGCAGACAGCACCUCCUGUGUCCCAAGAGGGUGAGCUGAAGCCAAAGUGAUCAAUGGGCCACAGGGCUGCUGCUUUAUUUAUUUAGGGCUUUCACCACUGUGCUUGCUGGGGCUGGGAUCCCUUCUGCUGUGCAGAGUGGCUGAGAGUUGCUGGGUGCAGAGGCAAGAAUAUUUGGAUACACAA